AUGGACAUGAUGUCGUUCCUUCAUUGUUUUAUGUUGGUGGUUCCUCGUAAUUUUCGACUGUUAGAUGAGUUAGAACAAGGUCAAAGAGGAGUUAGUGAUGGUACAAUUAGCUGGGGAUUAGAAAGUGAUGACGAUAUGACAUUAACUCAUUGGACUGGAAUGAUAAUAGGACCUCCAAGGACUCCAUAUGAAAACAGAAUGUAUAGUUUGAAAAUUGAAUGCGGGAACAAAUAUCCUGAUGAACCUCCUGUUGCUAAGUUUAUUUCUAGGAUUAAUAUGAUUGGUGUCAAUAACUCAACAGGAGUAGUUGAUAGUAGAAGUAUUCCUGUGUUAGGGAGAUGGCAGCGCGAUUAUACUAUUAAAAAUGUACUUGAAGAACUUCGAAGGCUGAUGACACUUAAAGAAAAUAUGAAAUUAACACAACCCCCAGAAGGAAGUUCAUUCUAG